UUUAGGAUCCACCGUCCACGUCAACGUAUGUCCACCGAGAAAUCACGGGUAGAUGUUGUCUGACGUCAUCUAUUUUGUCGACAUCUAUCAGGUCUCCUCCAUAUCUACACGCCUUCCGUUCGUCUUUGCGUCGCACAGUCAUAGCCUUCUUCCUCGCAGCUCACAUGGAGUCCUCGCAGCAGCAGCAGCAGCAGCAGCAGCGCCUCGACGACAGCUUCUCCUACGGGUGGCUGGUGAGCGUCAAGCCGUCCGAGCCCCUCGGUGACAGUCACCGCUCCGUCGACACCCAGGACGGCGGCGGCUCCUUCAUCGAGCUCGACCCCGGCUACAUCUCCAUGCGUUGGACGGACGACGGCCACGACUUCGACUUCAGCCUCCCGGAGCCGCACCACCAGGCCCAGGUCCAAGCCGACCAGAUCUUCUCCGACGGCCACCUCCUGCCGCUUCACCUCCGUAGCCCGUCCGCCGGGGAGGCAGGCAAAUCCCAGCCGACGUACUCGUGCGCGGUGCCGAGUCGAGCCGCCUCGGCCAACUCGUCGCCGCUGUUCCACUCCGCGAAGAGCUCGCCCUACUGCGCGAGCUCAUGGUCGCCCAGCAGCAGCCUCGCCUCGAGGAGCGGCAAGUUCCAUUCGCAGCUCGUCAGGAGCUGCGCCAAGUCGCCCAAGAAGAUCCUGUGCAAGUACUUCUGCUUCCUGAUGCCAUUGUACAAGAUGGUGAAAGAUUUCAGACGGAGUUCUUGGAGAUCGGUAGGCAGCUGCAAGGACUCGGCGAGGAGCUCUCCGAGGACGAGCAAUGCCUUGUCAAGCAUAGAUUGGUGCCGCAGCAACGCCGAUAUCUCGAUCUACGAUGCGAUUCUCCACUGCAAGAAGUCAAUUGCAAGUUCGAGUGACACGAGAACUGUCUGAAUUCAGAGCUGCAAUGGAGUGUCAUCUUAAGUCCUGCUUUGGAAUUCUUUCAUGAACAAGACAAGUAAGAGAGGACCUGCAGCUGGGCAUGGCUAACAGGGGAGGAGGAAAGCUGCAUGUUUCUCCUUUGUCUCAUCUUGUAGAUUUGAAGAACUUGUAUACUUUGGUGUGAUGAGGAAACACCUCUUCUGUUUCUUUUGUCAGUCGAUUUUUCUGUUUAGCAUCUCACUCGCUCAACCCAAAGAACAAAUAUUUUACUCGA